AUGGCUCCCGCGCAGGCCUUCGUUACCAGCUAUCCGCCGCGACUCCGUCAAUACGCCAAUACCCUACUCCAACCUGUCCUGCAGACCCAAAAUGUCGGCCCAGGAAGUCGCACGACGAAACGCGGGACCACAAUCAUAAACUAUGCCGACGAUGCUUAUGAUGAUGACGAUUUCGAUGACAGCGAGUCGUCACGGCGGCCAACAGGUCUGCGAUCGUUACGAAGAGAAGAACUCGAGAAGAGAGAGCCUCAACAUGAAAAGCUGGGCAAGGAGUUACAUCAACCCUUAGACUUGCAGCCCAUAUACCGGGAAUGGAUACUUCGGAGGACCGUCAGACCCCAGACCGAUUGCCAGGCGCACAUACAAGCUCAGCUACCUUUGACGCUGAUACCCAUUCGGAUCGAUCUCGACGUCCCCCAGCAUCAGCCAGAUUCACCAUACCCUCUACCCUCACAGGCCAUGGCCGUUGGCGUUAACCCAGCACUUCCAGUCUUCAAGCGACCCGAGCCUACACCCGCGUAUAAGAUCCGAGACAUAUUUCUAUGGAACCUCCAUGAAGAACUACUGACUCCUGAUGAUUUCGCAUUGAAUUUUGUUAGGGAGCUCGACUUGCCAAAUCAGACUGCGCUUGCAAUGAAUGUCAGCCAGCAAAUCCGAAAUCAACUCGAGGAUUAUGCCGGAGUUGCCAUGCACCCACUGUUUCAUACCCAGGGGAAGAGAUCACAGAUGCCUGAAGUGAACAAUGCCGGUACUCCGUCAGCGGUGGUCAAUGGCAGCUCCCGUGAUGGAACUCCAAGGCCUAUUUUCGUAACAGCUGCUGCUUCACCCCUCCCAGCAGAACCUGUCAUAGUAUCUGACAACUCGACUGACGACCUAUCUCUGAACCCGGACGAUUCAUUUCGGUGCGUCAUAACACUGUCAAUUUACCUAUCUUCGAAGCUUUACCAAGACAAAUUCGAGUGGUCCCUCUUGCACCCACCUGGUGCAGCAGAGGCAUUCGCUAAACAGACAUGUGCCGACAUGGGUCUGAAUGGUGAAUGGGUCAUGGCCAUCACCCAUGCCAUUUACGAAGCGGUCCUGAGGUUGAAGAAGGAAGCUUGUGAGGGCGGGAUGGUCAUGAUCGGGGGCGGCGCCUGGGGUGGUGGUGAGAUUGACAAUCAAGCCGUGCGAGCUGAAGAAGGUGCCGGUUGGCGAUACGAUAUCGACGACUUUGGUGCAGAAUGGGAACCCAAAUUCGAGGCGUUGAGCAAAGAAGAGAUUGAGAAGCGGGAAGGCGAUCGAGAACGACAACUAAGACGGUUGCGAAGAGAAACUGCAAGAUUCAGUUCGACUGCUGGAAUGGUUCCGUCUGCACGAGAACAAGAAGCGCAAUUACGUGGAAGUUACUUUGAUUAUACUGCGGUCGGGGCAGGUGGUGAAGAUACACCAUCUCUUGGUCGUGGGGAGAGAAGCAAGAAGAAGAGGCGGUUCCGUUCUCUAAGUCCCACCGGCAAAGCUGGAACUCCCGAAAGCUCUGCCAGUGCUGCUUGGGGUGGUGAGGGUAAUAGGUUGCAAGAGUUUGAAAGGCAGACGUGGCGAUGUAAGCAUUGUCUCAUCUGGGGCAAUGCUAUCUGGGCUGUCAGGGAUGGACCACUCGGACCAAGGACUCUUUGCAACAAUUGUGGACUUAUCUAUGAGCGAGACAAGAAAUUACCGGUCUGGGCAGAAGGACUGCACAAGCAUGAUGUUCCUCUCGGAAGAUAA